GUAAACAUGCACUGUUGAUCAUGAAUGACAGCGAAGUUCGCGUUCCUCUUACUUCCAGGUCGGACGACAAUGGCGUUAAAGUCUGUCCCCCGAAGAGGACUGACGUUACCGUGCCCUGCUGUGGAGCUCCCCUCCCGUCCGAAGAUUCACAGGAGGAUAUCGGUGACAUAGCCCGGCAGCUGGAGUAUCGCGUGGCAGAUAACCCUCCCAUUCACCUUAGCUUUAUAUAUGGAUUACAGCAAGUCCUCCUUAGCAUCAGCUCGACGAUUUCCAUUCCCAUUAUCGUCAGCCGUUACAUCUGUGUCGGCGACAUGGAGCUCGUCACGGCGGAGAUUAUGUCUACUUUUCUGUUUAUGGUUGGUGUGUGUACAUUCCUACAGUGUACUAUUGGUGUCAGACUUCCGCUGAUACAGGGAGGUUGUCAUAAGUUCCUUCCCGCCAUUGCAGCCCUGAUGAGCAUCCCCAUAUGGAAGUGUCCGGAAAUUCAAGCAUCGUCAUCGGGAAACCUUACAGUUACCAAUAGUAGCAGUAAUGUUACCUCGUCCCCUGUGUACAACCCUACUGAAGUAUGGCAGUCACGUAUGAGAGAGAUUCAAGGUGGUAUAAUGUUGGCCUCACUAACACAAAUUUUGAUUGGUGCCACUGGCCUGCUGGGCUGGCUUCUGAAGUUCAUUGGACCAAUGACAAUCGUGCCUACUAUCACACUGGUUGGGUUAUCUCUGAUUGACGUCUCCAUCGUGUUCUGUGAGACACACUGGGGCAUAGCCGCUAUGACGUUAUUCCUGGUCAUUCUGUUUUCUUUGUAUCUCGGCAAUAUAACUAUUCCACUGAAGGUUUACCAGAGAAAGAAAGGCUGUGUGAGCAUCCGAUACCCGGCCUUCAAAUUACUUCCUGUUAUAUUAGCCGUUCUGGUAGCUUGGCUGGUGUGUGGUAUCCUGACGAUCGCUGGUGCUUUUUCUGACAAUCCAGAGGCUCUCGAAUAUCAGGCUAGAACGGAUGCCAAUGUUAAAGUCUUACACAACGCCAAUUGGUUUUUCUUCCCAUAUCCAGGUCAGUGGGGACUACCAACAGUAAGUGCAGCAAGUUAUAUGGGUAUGAUGGCAGCAACGUUAACCUCUAUCAUUGAAUCCGUGGGCGAUUACUACGCAUGUGCACGGAUAUCCGGCGAACCACCGCCGCCUGCACAUGCUGUAAACAGAGGCAUUGCUAUUGAAGGCUUUGGCAGCUUAAUCUCUGGAGCAGUUGGCUCAGGGGGCGCAACUACUUCUUACAGUCAAAAUGUUGGUGCCAUUGGUUUUACAAAGAUUGCCAGUAGAAGAGCAUUCCAAGCAGCUGGAAUCAUUUUUAUCCUAUGUGGAAUAUUUGGUAAAUUUGGCGCUCUUUUGACUAUGAUGCCCAAACCAGUUCUCGGGGGUAUAGUUGUCAUCAGUUUUGGAAUGGUUACUUCAGUGGGCUUAUCCAGUUUACAGUUUGUGAACUUGUCGUCUGGUCGAAAUCUCUGCAUUAUAGGACUUUCCCUGUUGCUAGGACUUAUGAUUCCUAAUUACCUUAACAAACGAAAAGGGGUCAUAAACACAGGCAAUAAAGAGGCGGAUCAAGUGAUACUGGUGUUACUGAGUACAUCGAUGUUUGUCGGAGGGGUAGUGGGUUUCCUCCUAGAUAACACGGUCCCAGGGAGCCGAGAGGAGCGCGGAAUGUUGAAAUGGAAAAGGCAAGUAUCGUCUGAUACAGCAGACGACAAGAGGAGGAGACUUCGGGUGUAUGAACUACCAUACGUCACAGACUUCCUGUACAGACACAAGGUUUUCAACUACAUUCCAUUUCUACCAAGUUUCAGGGCACACAGUCAUAUAAAAGCCAUUUCAAAGGACAGAAAAUAAUGAGGAUAUGUUGUGAUAGUGACAAAGGAAGAGUUAAAGAAACACACACACACCUCUCUGUGUCUUCCUUAUAUUAUUUUUAUAUUUAGAUGUAUUCCUAUGUACGUGUGUAAGAAAUUAUAUUUUUUUUUCAAACAAAUAGACAUGUAUUCAGCUGAUUUGAUUGAUAAACACUUUAAGUGUAUAUUUUCUAAAAUUUUUAUUAAUAUAUGUAUCAUUUCAGCAUAAUAAAACAGACUUAUCAUCUUCAAA